AUGUACUGGAAGUUCAUUUUUGUGAAUUUUCUUCUGGUACUACCAAAUACUUGGAUUCUGACAUCGGCAUCGUUGGAAAACGUUCCAGAUGCAGGACUACAAGGCUUUGGACUUGAGGACAGUGUCUUAGAGGCAAUUGCACAGGAGUUCAGUAAACAUCAGGGCGAGGAAGAUAUACCCCAAG